GACCUGAACUCAGCACUAGACGGGCUGCGGGAAGUCAUGCCGUACGCUCACGGUCCGUCCGUCAGGAAACUCUCCAAAAUCGCCACGCUGCUGCUGGCCAAGAACUACAUCCUCAUGCUCAACAGUUCCUUGGAGGAGAUGAAGCGGCUCGUGAGCGACAUCCACCCCGCGCACCGCGCCAAGCUGCCCGCUCACCCGACUCUGACACCGCCCUCUCUACCGGGACUCCAUGGGCCAGCGUUUUUCCCUUCCCCGUCGCAGAUCCCGCACAGUCCCCUGAGUCACCCGCUAGCGUCCCGGGCGAGCCACAGCGGACUUCUCCUCAGACCGGAGCACCAGCACGACCGCAGCCCCUUCUCCAAGUGGCCGGUCCCCUGCUCGUGCCCGCAGUGUCCCACAGACAGUGUCAACCGGGUACCGUUCGGGAAGCACCCUGCGUUCACGAGAUGAGAAAAGUCACGGACUCAGAUUAUUUCUAAACGUAAGAUGUAACUCCACUACCGAACUCGGUUCUACAGUACUAGUUCUGAACUUGUCUACACACUCAGAACUUUCUUGCCGAUAGUGUUUUGCAAAAAGGAGAGCGACGCGGCAACAUCUUCAUAGUAAGUUUCUGCUGACAUACUGUCAAAACCGGGCUCUAAAUUGCAAAGGUAUACGUAUUUUCUACAGAAUUUAUUCGUGUACCGCAAUAUUAGACUCUCUCAGUCUCUGUGAAUGUAUAUCAUUGUCUGUCAAAUAAUUCAGAUCAGUAACUGUAUUGCUGAAGAAGUUCUGUACAUAGCAAGAUCGGACUAACUUUGUACAUAUGUUAUUGUAUAUUUUGAGAGUUGAAA